UUUUAGUCUACGUGAUUGAAAUAUUGGAAAUUCCAGUACAAAUGAAGUUUAAAUCUGUAAAUAUAGAUAAAUCAUUGUCAGUAUUAUUUAAUUUCCGUAUAACUAGUAGCUAUACGAUAAGACUAGUUUUUCAUGUGGAGCGAGAGAAUGGUCUUUGUGCUUGAAGACGUCAGAGUUUAAAUACUUGUUGUGAGCUAUUCCCCUCAGGACCUGUUCAAGAAGGUCAGCAGUAUCUUGAACUGGCAGAAGCCUCAGAAGUUCCUCCAGCUGGUGAAGCAGGUGAAGGACUCGCCCAUCGCCACAGAGGAGCAGCUCCAAGGAGUCGUGGACCUGGUGUUCGACCAAGCCAUGAACGAGACCUGCUUAUUGGUGACCUACGCCAAGAUGUGCAGCUGCCUCGCCACGCUCACAGUGCCCUGCACUGACAAACCCCAAGACACAGUCAACUUCCGCAAGCUGCUGAUAAGCCGCUGUCAUAUGGAGUUUCAGAAAGAGAAGGUGGAGGAUGUGGUCAAGGACUUUUCCCAGCGGCGUUACAUCGGAAACAUAAAGUUCAUCGGUGAACUGUACAAGGUCAAGAUGCUGAAUGAUUUCAUCGUGCAUGACUGCCUGGACAAGCUGCUGAUGAACCAAGACGAAUUGGCUUUAGAGUGUCUGUGCGUCCUGCUCACCACCAUCAGCAAGGACCUUGAGCUGGAUGAGACCAAGGUGAGCUGGUGGUAG